CCAUAAGCGACCUGGACAUGCGAUGGAUUGCCCCCUAGAGAGACUUAGUAUCGCGGUGCUCGGAAGUGGCUUCAUGGGCACUGCCAUCAUCAAAGGCCUACUCACCAGCGUCCGCCCGGGCCACAAGAACUCAGAAGACUUCAAGCUCCAAAUACACGCUUGCGUCAGAUUUAAGGAAUCCUUCGAACGAGUGCAGAAGGUUCUCGGCGAUGAAGCAUACCGCAUCCAAAGCGCUACUUCCCUACACGCAUGGUCUUCAGCCGUCGACAAAGCCGAUGUCAUCAUGCUCGGUAUUCCGCCUGCAGAACUCAGAUCGAUCUCGGAAAACAUGCCGCUUUGCAAAUCUUUGCGAGGUAAACUUGUCAUCAGUUUGCUGGCUGGUACGACUUGCGAACAGGUCAUUGAUGCUUUCGUGCUCAAUGAGGAAACCAACAGAGCAGAGCAAUUCCAUGUCAUCCACGUCAUCCCUAGCAUUGGAGCACAAAACCUGGACUCAGUCACCAUGAUUGCUGAAACAGACCAUGCCGGAGACGAUGAAAAGGCCCUUUGCGAUUGGAUCUUCCGACAAAUUGGCAGCGUUCAUUACCUACCGGAGGAACUUAUGAACGAAGCCACGGCAGCACACGCAACUUGCAACGCUCUCAUGAUGAUUGCCGUCGAUGCUGUCACAGAUGCGGCUGUGGCAGAGGGUAUCCCUCGAUCUUUGGCCUUAGCGCUCUCUGCACAGAGUCUGAAGAGUGCAGCUGGCCUACUGGAUCAGGGCAUGACUCCCGAGUCUUUGAAAGAAUCAAUGUCUGUGGCAAAGGGCAUCACGAUCAAUGCCGUGCUGGACCUCGAGAAAGGACAGACCAGAUCUGCCAUUUCGGACGCUACUAGGAAUGCUAUCAGAUACACGAGAAAUAUGACAUAAAAUGAAGUCUUCAUUCCGUCCUGCCCUCGAAGUGAUGCUCUGGCAAGUCGGACUUAGGCAUGCGAUACCCGCCUACUCACCGAGUGGUCCCGCCCCUUGCUUGUCCAGCUGCAUCUUUGCGAGAUUUUGCAAGUAGAAAUCCUCUGUAUAUUCCAUUCCAGCGAUCACCCUUUGUAGCCACCCAAACAGCAUCAGCAAGUAUCUCCGUUGAGAUCCAUCGGCCGCAACGGCCGUACGCGACUGGCAGCGAUAUUGUGAUAUCAGGUCCAUUGGAACAACUCUGACUCCAUGAACUGGCCAUUACUAUGGACGAUGUUCUUGAAUGUCAUAAGCGUUAGCUCGCAAGGAAGAGGAAAAACAGCAGAUCUUCCUUCGUGCUAGUCGCUCAGCGACUAUUGGUAGAGGUGGUGGCUGGCAGCCGCG